UAGUGCUGCUAUAUAAAGGCUGGGCAGGCACAGGGCUUAUGUUGCUUCUGGCUGAGAAGGGAGCAGGAGUGAGAGUUUCCCCAGAUUGCACCAUGGCUUCUAAUGACCCCAGUGCCGCUUCCCCGAAGGACGAGGAGCAGAGGAACAUAGCCAACCGGGUGGCCAACCUGCCCUUGGUCAGCUCUGCCUACGACAUGGUCUCCACGGCCUACGCCGCCUCCAAGGAGAGCCACCCGUACGUCAAAUCCGUCUGCGACGCGGCGGAGAAGGGCGUGAAGACCAUCACUGCCGCGGCCGUCAGCGGUGCCCAGCCCAUCCUGACCAAACUGGAGCCACAGAUUUCCACUGCAAACGAGUACGCCUGCCGGGGGCUGGACAAGCUGGAGGAGAAGCUGCCGAUCCUUCAACAGCCGACCGACAAGAUCAUCUCGGAUACCAAACAGCGGGUGACUGCCACCGUCACUGGGGCCAAGGACGCAGUGAGCAGCACCAUGACGGACAUGGUGGAUCUGACCAAAGGGGCCGUCCAGGGGGGCGUGGAGCUGACCAGAUCGGCCGUGACGAGUGGUGUGAACACGGUCCUGGGCUCGGCUGUGGGCCAGAUGGUGGCCAGUGGCGUGGAUGCCAUGCUGGGCAAGUCAGAAGAGCUGGUGGAUCACUACCUCCCGAUGACCGAUGAGGAGCUAGCUAAACUGGCCACCUCGGUGGAAGGCUUCGAGGUGGAGCAGCAGAAGCAGCAGCAGAGCUACUUUGUGCGCCUGGGGUCCCUGUCCACCAAGCUGCGCCACCGGGCCUACCAGCACUCCCUGGGCAAGCUGCGGGAUGCCCGGCAGAGCACCCAAGAGGCUCUGUCCCAGCUCCACCAAACCAUAGAGCUGAUGGAGCAUGCCAAGCAGGGUGGUGCUCAGAAGCUCCAGGAGGGCCAGGAGAAGCUGCACCAGAUGUGGCAGGAGUGGAGCCAGAAGCAGCCACACAAGGAGACAGUCUCCGUGCAGCCACAGGAGGGUCUCCAUGGGCAGGUGGAGGACCAGGCUCUAGUGAUGUCCCGCAGCCUCACCCAGCAACUGCAGACCACCUGCCUGAGCCUGGUGGCCGGCCUGCAAGGCCUCCCCGCUGACCUCCAGGACAAGGUGCAGCUGGUCCGUCACAACGUGGACGAGCUGCGUGCCUCCUUCGCCGCCGCCGGCUCCUUCCACGACUUGACCGGCAGCGUCUUGGCCCAGAGCCGGGAGCGCGUGACCAAGGCCCGGAAGCUGGUGGAUGAGCUGAUGGAGCAGGUGGUGCAGAACGCCCCCCUCUCUUGGCUGGUGGGCCCCUUCGCCCCAUCGGGCAAGCAGCAGGAGGAAAUGGAGAUGGAGUAGCCUCCUGCCCGUCCGGCUUCAAGGCUCUAGGCUAAGCCUAGAGCUUCUGUGGGGGAGGGGAGUAACUCCUGCCCCUGCAUCACUUCCUGUUACACAGCUAGCCUGGCGCUGGAGCACAGCACAGGGUGGCCAGAUUCAGUGCCUCAGCCCUGGCAUCCCUCUUGCUGCACUGAGCUUGGCUCUUGGAUGCAGAAGCUUCCUCCAUGGGAGACAGCCACUGUGGGCUGGGUCAAGCUCCCAGUGAAACUCACUGGCUCUGAACAAUCCAUGACCCCCUGAAAUGGGGCUUAAGGCAGAGCUGGGGUGCCCCGGCAGCCACCUCUAGGUGAGAGUUGUCAGAACAUCUGACUUCCACCCCAUCAGGGUCCACAGGCUGUCCAGCACCUCUAACCUAGACUAUUCCUAUUAGCAGCAGAUCCUAGGAAUCCAAAAUGCUGGCAUGCAGUCUGGUCUUAGACCAUCACUCAGGUGGGUAGCCCUGAGUGGACACUGGCAGGCAAAUCCUUCCACUUUUAGCAAAGCGCUAACACUGUGGCUGAUCCAAGCCUGGGAUCUCUGCUCCAACUGGGUAUUUGAUGUAAGGUCCCAACAGCAGCUCCCAGCUAACUGCAGCUUAGUCCUGUUAAACAUACAGGCUGCUCCAGCCUUGGAGCUACCACAUCACAGCUCCUUGGUGAGACCAGGAACUGACCAGUGCACUCAGUGCCCAGCACUGCUGUCCUUCCAGGAUUCCCUGCCUGCCCAAAUCAAAGUGCCUUGGCUCUGACUUCUGUAUCUGAUAAGAACCGGUUGCUUGCAAUAAAGCUGUACUUGCAUUGACAAA